AUGUUGUCUCCCUUGUGUCUCCUCAGUAAUCCUAUACGAGGCGUCUUAUAUCUUGCUCUUCUGAGCUUACCUUGUUCUUCAACGGCUCUAGAGUCGGCAACUAACAUCGCCGACUCAGUUCAUACCCUAGCGCCCAUCCGAUAUGUCAAUACCUCUACACUGUCCAUUGCCUACUAUGAUUCGGCGCCAAGCGACUCAGCCGCACCAGUUGCCAUCUUGGUCCACGGGUUUCCUUAUUCGAUCGACACCUAUGUGGACGUUGUGCCCAAGCUCUCCGCCAAGGGCUAUCGCUUGAUAGUGCCGUAUCUUCGUGGCUAUGGCACCACUUCGUUUCUCUCGCCAAGCACCCCCCGCAGCGCGGAACAAGCCGCCUUGGGCAAGGAUAUCGUCGACCUGAUGGAUGCUCUGAGCAUCGACAAGGCCAUCUUUGCGGGCUACGACUGGGGCUCCGUGGCCGUCAACGUUGCCGCAGCCCUGUGGCCGGAUCGCUGUACCGGCAUGGUUGCUGCGAAUUCAUACUUGAUCCAGAACCGCCAGACGGCAUGGGCCACGGCGCCCUCUGCGUCUCUCGCCACGCGCUGGUACUUCUACGUCUUCCUCACACCGCAAGGUUACAGCGCGCUGGCCAGCGACACGCGAGGAUGGGCUGAGACACUCUGGUCCAGGAACAGCCCGCAGUGGAACUGGACGCAGGCUCAGCUGGACGCGGCGGUUCCGGCGUUUCGCAACCCAGACUAUGUCGACAUCGCAACUAACUUUUACAAGAACCGCCUACUGUAUGCCCCCGGCGACCCAUCCUAUGCGAAAUUGGCCGGCGAGCUAGACUUGCUGCCCGUCAUCAGAGUCCCCUCCGUGACGCUGGACCCGGACCAGGCUCCGGUCUUCCCCGCGACGAAUGGCUCGUCAACUGCUCAGCACUUUUCGGGACCGCGAGUGCAUCAUAUUGUCCACGGCUGUGGCGAAAACAUUCCUCUUCAAAGCCCGCAGGUCUUUGCGGAAGCUGUCAUGGAAGUGGCGGCUCUCGGGAAGCGCCAUAAUUAA